GGGUAGAGUAAUGCCAAUGUCUCCAUGGAUUUUCUUCUCGAAAUUAGAAAUGUUAUGAAUCUAAAACUAUCUCCAAUGAUCUUCCUGAUUGUGGUCGACUGGAUCAUGCAACAAACAGUGAGGAGUGAGGAAGAGAGAUAUACUUUGGUCCGAUGAAAAGAUCCUAGAAGAUUUGGAUUUCGCCGAUGAUUUGUGUCUAAUGUCGCACAAACUCGAAGAUCUACUGGCGAAAAUUAACAAGUUGACAGAAGAGGCAGCGAAGAAGAAACUUCAAGUGAAUGUAGAGAAGAUGGAGGUGAUAAAGAUACCCAACCAACAACAAGAGGCACCAAUCACCAGUAACGGGAGAAACCUAAAGGAAGUUGUCUCUUUCACCUACCCAGGCAAGACAGCAUUGUUUCAACUACAGGCGGCAGAGACACAGAUGAGGAUGUCAAAACCAGGAUCGGAAAAGCAAAACAGGCUUUCCUUCAUUAAUCUGAAAUCAGUGUGGACAUCUACUGCACUCAGCACAAAGAACAAGAUCCGGAUUUCCAACACCAAUUCAGUCAAGUCAUUGCUGCUAUAUGGUUCAGAAACUUGGCGCGUUACAAAAGGGAUUUCCGACAAACCACAAACAUUCAUCAACAGCUGCCUACUCUCUAUACUGAAGAUUAGAUGGCCAGAAAGAAUAAGCAACAGGAACUCUGGCUGGCUGGCAACGAACCAACCAACCAACCAAGAACCUAUCGCCCAACAAAUAUGCCAAAAAUGGAGAUGGAUUGGAGUAGGCAUACACUGAGAAGACCAUUCGGGGACAUUACGCAACAGCCCAGGGAAACGACGAGUUGGGCGUCUGAAGCGAGGGUGACAUAGUGGAAGAAAUGAAAGCUUGUGGGCAGUCGUGGCGCCAGGUUGAAAAGACUGCAGAGAAGAGAGUACACUGGAGGCGUGCUACUGAAGCC